AUGAUGAUGGGCUCUGGGGUUAGAGCCACUGAAUGUGAAGAAUACACAGUCAAUAUAGGUUCUUUCUACCAAGGCCAUAGUAGUAGUAUCACAGUUGAAGCCUUAGGUGUCUGCAGCAUGUUAGAGCUAACUAGAAAAUCUCUAAGAAGAGCAAAAGAGAAGUCUCAAAGAGGACGAAGGGAAACAAGUCCAAGUCCAGGUCAUGGUUAUUCUGUCUGUGCUCAAAUAAUAGUAGUAGCAGUAUUCCUCAUGCUGGGAACAAUCCUCCAUCCCUUGGUCAGUUUCAUGUACUAA